AUGACAGAUUUUGCGAAAGUAUUUAAUGUUUAUUCUUCGGAACCAGCUGCUGAACAAAAAGAAGAGAAUGGAUCAUUCGAAGAAGUCAAACGAGUCAAUGCUAGUAUUAAUCAAGACUUUUCGAAAGAUUUUGUCAGAAUCACAAUAAAAAUUCCAACUAUGAAAACCGGUAUUAACUGGCGUAAAUUCACACGUGAAGCAAAGAAUGGAAUCACAACAGAAGCUACCUAUCAUGGAAAUAAUCUGAAAUUUGAAUUCAUUCUCAAUCGUGGAAAAUCGAAUGAAACAAAAUAUCAAUUCUCAACUCGAGAACCUCUCCAUGGACCCAUCGAAUACAACAAAAGUUAUUUAAAAUACAAAGAUGAGUAUGUUCUCUGGUUUGUCCAUAAAUCUCAAUCUUGGUAA